AGUAGAGCAUAUUCUUGCGCAUCUUGAUAUGGGUCGUGAAAUGGUCGCGGUUUUCUUGGACAAGAACUAACAAUUUAAAACACCAACCCUCACCUACCAUCGCUCCAGUAAACUUGAAUGAGUUGAAUCCCAUCGCUCAAACACACAAGUUUCCUUCACUACAGAGCCAACGGUUUACUUGGACAAGACCUAACAGUUUAACCCAUCAUACCUAACCUCUCGACUCAUCCCCAUCCUUGAUGAUCUUCAACCCCUUACCCUGCAACUCUCAUCGGUCCCGCACCCUUGAAUGGGUUGAAUCGGUUCAAUCCCAUCGAUCAAGCCAACACGUUCCUUCACUCCAUACCCAUUCACCCUUUACCUUGCAACAUUGAAUCAUGUCUUGGUUUCUGACUAAAACCUCCGUUGUUGAAUGAUCCUAUAGUUCGUUCAUCACACGCCAACUGCCAUACGUUUGCCAGUGCAGUACUUCCUCCCAGGACAAACAAAACCCUCAUGGCAUCCAAUUUACAUUGCUUCACCACGAGCAAUUGGAAGUUUGUUCCUCCCUUCCCCCUUUUGUAUUCAGCGGCAUUCAACCGUGGCAUAAUCACCGGAAUCACUCUGAUCCAAGAUGGUGGGUGACUAUAACCUCACCUGGGGGCCUGCAGGUGAGUUUUAUCUAUAUUUCCAACGUUCUUUAUCUCCCCUCUCUACAGAACCAGUGUACACAAAUCCUAAUGUUUCUUUCCGUAAUCCAGACCUAGCAGCCGCACAUUUGACCAUCGAAGGCCUCCACCUUGGAUUGAAUGAAGAACCAAUGAUCAUGCGCCUUCUUAAUUAUUUGAUGCAGAAUUGCUUCGAAGCAGAACCAAAUAGGCGGGCAGUACAUAGCCAGUGGAUUGACACACGUGUACAUGUUCUUCACAUCAUUCAUUCCCAAUAUUCUCUUACGAAAUGCAUGCUACAUACUGGAUCUGAUGCAUGUUCCAAAUUCAUAGUGUGUAUUGAUUGACAUUAGCUUUGCAGGAAAAUCUCAUAGAAGGAUACACACAAGUUUCCUUGGGCGGGCAGAUUCCCAACUUCUUCGGUCGUGGAAAGAUUUACAAAUUCAGUUCGGUUUUUGCAAGGCAUCCUCACCGAUCUCUACGCACUUGCCCGGCUCCAUUUCUGCUUAAGAUCAGUGCAGAGGACCAGCUUGAAGAACUUCCUAUGGAUCCAACCUUUCCAUGGUUCCCAAUCGAUGGCUUCUACCCUACAUCUUUUAGUGAUCUCAUAAACCAUCUGCACUUAACAACAGACUUUUGAGGUAAUAAAUCGUGUGCUUUGAAAGCCUGGUACCUUGCCCACGUAACUCAUUUUCCUUCCCUCAAUCUACAGAUAUUGUCGGCCACUUACUAAGUGUUUCUGAAGAGGAGACAUGACCAUUCCAAAUGCCAACCAUAGCCGCAGUAUUGGAGGAUUGCAAUGGCAACACUAUAAUGGUCAAACAUGCAUCAUUGAACCAUGCUUUAUCCCAGACAGGUAUUGUUGCAGUCGAGAGGAGUGGACCAGUCAUCCUAGCUUUCACAAGCAUGUUGGUCACUGAAAUAGAAGAUUCAGGGACUCUUUGCUUGCUCAACACAGCCGCCACACGCAUAAUCCAGGGUUGCUGGUCUCAUCAGUUCAGGGAACUUAAAAAUGCACUUGUGACAAUAGGAUACUCACCCACAUAUGAGCCUGCAUAUGUUAAGCACAGGCUGCCACCAAAAGCAACCCUGUUUAAAUUAAUGGCUUCUAAGGCGCCAUCAGCAUCCCAACAAAAUCAUUCCUCUAUCUGGUGCCUCAUUAAGAUAAAGAAGAUUCCAACUUAUACAAAUCAUUGUCACUCUGAUCCUGAGACUAACCCCUUCCCAAGGUUUCAAAUGAACGUGGAAUGUGAGGAUGUCUCGACGACUUCAUGCAUACUCUUCUUCGACAAUGAUGUGGCCAGCUCGCUGUUAAGGAAAUCUGCCUAGGAAUACCUGUCCCUCAACGAAGACAGUGCAACUGCAUGUAGGGGUGGCUAUACGGUCCGGUCCGGUUAAAUUAGACCAAAUUGAUCCGGUCCCAGUCCGAUCUUUUCGGGAAUAUAAGGACCAAAGAUUGGAUUGGAUACACUCCGGUCUUGAUCCGGUCCGGCCUUGACCAGGUCCGGUUCCAAUUUGAUUUUGAUUUUAGAUUGAGCUUGUGGGGAUUUGAGUAUUGGGGUCUCUUAUCCGUUCUUUAUCCGGGUUUUUUACCUCAAAUCUAAGCCCGAAUAUGCGAUUGGAUUGUUUGCUAUCCGGUUCCAGUCCGGUCCCGGUCCGGAUUAUACGGUCCGGUUUCGGGUAAAACCAAACUGUCCGGGACAAAUUGCCAGCUCUAACUGCAUGUCUGAACUCUGUAGUGGGACAGCUCUUUGCUGCGGAAAUUGAAAUCGGACCGGGAACAGAUUCUGGGAUUUUGGUGUUUAAGGUGAUCACACUAUGGGAUCCACUGGUUUUCGGCAUUGAAGCUCGCUCCCACUUCGCCUGACUUCUAGGAUGUCAAACCUAAUCGGUCUAUCACUAUGUGUGCUUGCUGGUUUCUGAAGUACAGUUAACCUACCUAAUUUCUGUAAUGUCCGUCCACUAAUUUCCAGACAGUAUUUCUGCAGGACAAUUAUAUUGUAAUGGUUAGUGGUAUUUUGCUACUAUUGCAGUUAGGACUACCUGCUAGCAUUCAAAUGCGCGUUUUUAGUGAUGAGGAGUAUUUAUGUGCAAAUACCCUUGCACUUGACCAUAGCUUUCAAAUGCAUAUGUUCAGAAUUGUCUUAUAGCAUCAGGUUUACACACAAACAUAAUCAUUUUGCUCUGCACAAUACAUGCUGCUCAUACUCUUCAUGGCAUCUUCAUUACCACAAGUACUGAUUCUAGUAUCAAUGACAAUUGAGAUAUCAUUUCCUUGUUUGUAUUAUUAGGGUAUUCACUACAGCCAGGCCAGUGGUGACUAACCAUUUGCCAUGGGUGAGCAUGAUGUAUCACCGUAAACAAAUCAGUGAGUUCUUUGCUCAUGGACAUUGAACGAGCUCUCAACCUCAUAAUUAAAUGAGAAAACGAUC